UUUGUUCUGACGAAUUUAACGACACCUCCUUUGUCCAAAAUUGGGCUAUAGCACAAGUCAAAAGAAAAGACAUACAAUACAUAUGCUCGACAAUACAGACGCAGUCGGGUAAAAAAGUCACUAGACUCACUACAAAAAUGAAGCGCUCAUAAGAACUGUCUAGUACAUCAGUGAAGCGUAACAUCUGUCUCCUAGAAUUAGAAAUUGUAACUAGCAUUAGAAAAUUAAUAAAUUGGAAAAUUGCUACUAAUAACGUGAUUGCACGAAUGGCCAACCCGCUUUCAAAAAUCGAUCUAAUAUUAGAUACAUGACAAGCUCAGUAUUCGCUUUGUAGCCAAAGCAAUAUGACCCUAUUGACUAUCUUUCGGGAUAUAAAGUCAUUUGUGAAUAAAGAUGGCUACGAUUUGGAAAGACCAGAUGUGACGUUGCAGAAUUUUCACCCUCAACUCGAAGUAUUUUUCGCAAUCAAAGGAAUAUUUUUUAACAAUUGCAGCUCUAAGAAAAGAUUCAUCUGGCCAGCCUUGAGUUCCUUUAUGGCAUCGGUAGCAACUGGCUUCGAGUUGUUGUUCAUCUGGCGGGCUCUGACCAUCAAGAACUACGCGAUGGCUACUGAAUCUUUCGCCUACCUCAUCAUCCUCGGUUCUGUGAUCCUCACCUACCUUGGAGUGUUGACCAAUAGGACAACGAUAUUAACACUAUUGAGUGAAAUGAGUAAAGAUUUCCGUUACAUUUGCAAUUUGGCGUCAAACUACAGAAAAAGUUUUUUAGACGGCCAACUUCUCAUUUGGAAAUUGACCAUGACUUGGGGAAUAUUUGUAAUAUGUGUGGCGAUUCUGUACGUGUUAAAUACGUUAUUGCUGCUUCUUUACCAGAGUCUCUUCGCCACUUUGGAUGAGCAUUACGUCCGCCCGCUCAUAUUCCCGGUCUGGCUUCCUCACGACGAUCCGUACAGGACCCCAAACUACGAGAUGUUAUUAGUUUUUGAUAUUGCGAUCAUACUUGUCGCCAUGGCUUCAUUCGGCUUAUACGUGCCCCUAUCGCUGCAUCUCUUUAUGCACUAUUACAAGCUGCUGGACAUGAUACUGAUUGCCAUUGACGAGCUGUUCGAAGAGUUGGACGAGUCAGUUGUAACCUUGCCUGUGACAGACCAGCGCCGACUGGAUGUGAAGGCUGAGCUCAGCAGGAGGAUGGGACGCAUCGUGCGGUGGCAUCAGUCCGUUUUUGAUUCUGUGGGUGCGAUAACAUCAAUAUAUGGCCCAAUGCUGGUGUAUCAAGUAAUGUUUAGCUCGGUCAUCAUCUGCUUGAUGGCACACCAAGUCGCUAUCCAAAUGGCAGAUGGAAAAUUCAACUACCUAUUUGCCUUGUUGACGUUUGGUGCCAUCUUACAACUGUGGAUCCCAUGCUGCAUGGGCACUUUAUUGCAGACCAAGGCCUUGUCGCUAGGAGAGCGCUGUUUCUACUCCGGCUGGUACAAGACACCGCUGACUCAGCUGGUCCGUCAGGACCUGCUCAUCUUCAUCACGCGGACACAGGUCCCGGUUGAGAUCAAAUUCACCGGCCUACCCGAGAUGGAGCUUCACACCUUCUCUUCGAUUAUGAGUACCGCCUACUCUUACUUCAACAUGCUUCGGCAGUACAAUUAAGCUUCGCCGUAAUAUUUGGAAACAACCCGCACAACAAACGUAAGAUUCAAAAGUUUCAACACGUGGCUUGCAGAAUUUUUCCUGAAAUAUAUGCACCGGGAAAGUUGUUCCAGCGCAUCGGGACUUGGCUCAUUUUCUACUGGGCAGACUGAGGUCGUGGUAGAAAUGGCAAAAUUUAUUUAGU